AUGUACACUUCUACGUAUUCAUCAACAUCAUCACCUAUUCGAACAGCAGUAUCGGAGACAACAGAAACAAAUUGCCAGCACCAAUCGUUCCAUCGUCAGUAUAAUCAAUCAUCUUAUAGUAAAAAUACCAAUACAAUCAAUGAUAGUAAUAUGAAUUUAAGACGUAAUAAUGAUGGCUUUUCACAUUCCAUUCCAUCUUUGAUAUCAUCAAAUCCAUUAACAACACCAACGUCAUCAAGAAGAUAUUUAAAUAAUUAUAAUAAUAUAUAUAAUGAUUCAAAUAGAUAUCAAUCGACAGCUUAUUCACCCUCACCAAAUCGUUCAUAUCGAAAUGAUAAUGAGACAUUUCGUCCGGAUAAUACACGUUACAAUUUAAGUAAUAAUAAUCGUGCAUAUUCAUAUGAUGAUUUACACAAAGAACAAAAUCGUUUACAAUCAUCCAUAAGGACUUCACGUAAUACUGAUCAAUAUAGACAACCAAUAAUAGCAAGAGGUGAUCAAUAUAACUAUCGUGAUGAUGAUGAAGAUGAAGAUUUAAUAGUUAAAUCAACCGAUUUAUCAGCACGUUAUGAACAAGAUAUGAUUCAAUUAGUUCGAACUGGCUUUCGAAAAUAUGACAUAACUAAUCAACGUGAAUUAGCUGGCUUUCUUAAACGUGCUGCAGAUAGCAAGUUUUCACCCUGUUGGCAUUGUAUCGUUGGUAGGCAAUUUAGCUCCUAUGUUACACAUGAAAUGAGUGGUUUCAUCUAUUUUACACGAGGCCCACUAUCAAUUUUACUUUUCAAAAGUGGUGCCUAA